GAUUUAUUUUAUAUCAUCUCAAAAAAUAUUGUACUUACAUUUUUAAUAAAAUUUAACGAUGUCAACAUAUUUGUCGAAAACAAGAAUCUCAAGAUGGAUUCAAAUAACGCGGUAAAAACAUCCGGAGAAUUUAUAAAAAAUCAAAAAGUCAUGAUUAAUCGAAGUACUUCCAGUGGUUUUAUACAAUUAAAUAAAUCUUUAAUAGACACCUCUGAUGAGGCGAAAUUAGAAAGCGAAAAUAAUAGUUGUGGUUUUAAUGAUAAAAAUGAAAAGUUUGAGAGUAAAUUUAUACCAUUACCGUUAAGUGUAAAUGAUCGAGAUAUACCCGACUUCUUAGGAGCUAAUCGUCAAGAGUAUAAUAUUAUGAAUAACAAACGGUUUAUUGUAUGUUCUAGAAGUACACAAACCGAUAAUGGCAAUGAGAUGCCUCCAGCAAAUGUAUUACUCACUAAUGGAUUUAAUCAUCCGGCUAUAAUAAUAAACACAUCAGCAACUCGUCGAUUGAAUACUCCAAAUAGUACUGGCACUAAUUAUACCAACCAAGAGUUAAUACUGACUAAAUCUCAAUUGUUUAAUGUACAUCGUAAAUAUCAAAAAUUGAAAAAAAAUUUUCAUAAAUUACACUCUGAGUACCAGAGAAUACGUGAUAUUGCAAGUGUAUUUACUGAAGCAAUUGAGAAAUCCAUACACGGUGAGCCCGUUGAUUUACGUGUAACACUUCAAACUUGUCGACAAAUCUAUCCAGAUGUUUUUAAUUACGAUUCUUCUUACGAACAACUACAAUCCGAGCAGGAUGAUGAUUUUUCAAUUGCAAGUAAUAGAAAGUCUAUGCUGAGUAUGGUUCCGCUGUUAUCAAAGUAUCUAAAUUAUCAUAAAAUUAAAUUACAUCUCAUUAGUGCAAGCAAAAUAACAUUGAGUCAACCUAUUGAACGUGCUGAAACGAUAAAUGAGUAUGUAAAAAAUGAUUUACUAGAAUUAUAUCAUAAUUCACAAAGUUCAAAUGAUCUCAGUGGAAAAUCUUCAAUUUUACCGUAUUUAUUAAUACCGUUGGAUGUAGUUGAGCCACAUCCUUUACAGCAGUCAGCAGCAAGAUUAUUAAAUACCUUCGCUUCAUUUAAAUCUGGCCGGGAUUAUCUAGCGGUCGGUCCUGCCAUUUUAAAUGUGGUAGUACAGUGCUUUGAUAGCACAAGUGCUGAAUCAAUAGACGCUUUUACCUGUGACAUGAUAAUCGCAACUCUACAAAAACUUUCUUUACGAAGAAAUCAGAGAUUAUACAUGAUCGCAGCUGGUCUUGUAGAAUGGUUGAUUCAUCAUUUGAAAGCCGAGUGUCAUACAAUGGGCACGUACAGAUUAGAAUAUGCAACAGCACUUUUAAUGAAUUUAUCACUGCAGAAAGAGGCACAAGUGCGUGCUGCUGCGAUGCCAACGAUCCUUAUAUCUACAUUAAUCAUUCUACUGUCAUUAGAACACUUGCCUGCUUUACCGUAUGUCAAUGGCGCUUUGAAUAAUUUUAUUGCCAAUAGUACUAUUAAUAAAGAAGCUAAGCUCAUUGGAUUAGGAUCUAUUUUGGAGUAUCAUCGAAGAUAUAGAUCUGGUGAAUUAAGAAAACAUAUCGAUCACAUUCUAUUGAGACAUCGACGUCCCGACAAUGAAACAAUUGAUGAAAUAAUAAAUGAGGAUGACGACCGUGAAGAUUAUGACAAUCUGGAUGAUGAAUUAGACGAAAUGGACCCGGUUAAAGUUAAUCCGGGUGAUUUAUUUGGUGAAACAUUAUUAGCUGCUAGCUACUCAUUACCUCCGAACACGUUCUCGGAUGAUAAAUUCCGCGAACCUGUCGAAAUUACAGAUAAAUCAAAAUCAGCAGAUUUCAAUUUACAGUCUGUUGAAUCAAGUCAGUCUCCGAGAUUAUCGUCUUUCAGUUACAAAUUAAUGGUUAACCCAGUAAAAUUAACAGCAGUAGAAGAAAAUAAUAUAAAUAACGGAGAGUUAAUUGAUAGUAAAAAAUUCAAAGUUAAUUGUUCAAUUUCUACGUCUGCUAUUAACGUUGAUACUUUAUCAAGUCAUGAAACAAUAACAACAGAAUUUAAUUUGUCUUCAUUAAAAAAAUAAUGGAUGAAACUUUAACAGCAACUGCAAUUGAAGACACAGAAAUCGUUCAUGAAGAUUUGAAUACUUUUCCAUUAUUUGUCAGCGAAUUAUCAAAAAUCAUAAAUGAAAUAUCAACCAGUGAAGAAGAGGGAGCAUUUACAUCGAAACCAAAAAUAUUUCGAACACCGCCUCAAAGUGCCUCACCACUUUCAAUAAAAUCUAACUCUAAUUAUAUACAAAAAUAA